AUGUACCGCGCUGACGGACCAGAGGAGAUGCGUCCUGUGGGUGAAGUUGAAUUUGUGCAAGGACUGGCAGCCGCCAGCGCGAGCGGGUUAUACGGACCUUGCCGGGCUGCGGCGGCAAUCGUUGGCCACGCCAACCUGAACCUAGGGGAGCGGGUUGAGCCGGUACUUCAAGCGUUGCAGGCAGCCAGUCCCAACCGUUUUCGUGGCAUCCGCCAUGCUGUAACUUGGGAUCCCCAUCCAGAGAUCGAAAACACGAGCGCUCACAGGAUGAAGGGGCAAUUGGCUACUGACAAUUUUCGGGCUGGUGCACGGGUGCUAGCAGGUAUGGGGUUAUCUUUUGAGGCUUGGAUGUAUUUCCCGCAGCUGCCCGAGUUGGCGGAUUUCGCCAAGGCAGUACCUGACUUGACCAUUAUUCUCAACCAUAUCGGCGGCUUGCUACGGGUCGGUCCUUAUGCCAUCCGGGACGACGAGGUGCUCACCACUUGGCGGAACGGUAUCGCUGCCGUAGCAGAAUGCCCCAAUAUCAAUGUCAAACUGGGUGGCAUCGGAAUGCCCCGCACCGGUUUUGACUGGCACACCCGAACAACACCCGCCGGCUCGGAAGAACUCGCAUCGGAUAUGGCACCCUUGAUGAAUUACUGCAUUGAGCAGUUUGGUCCUGACCGGUGUAUGUUUGAGAGCAAUUUCCCGGUGGAUAAGGUGUCAUUUUCCUACAACGUGAUGUAUAACGCUUUCAAACGGUUAUCAUCAGGCUACUCGACUGCCGAGCGCGCUGCUAUGUUUCACGAUACCGCCACGCGUGUAUACAGGAUAGACCUUUGA